AUGGGAAAAUCUAAGAAGCUUCAGCCUCCACCUGGCACUGCACAAAGGAAAAUAUCGGCAUUCUUUCAGGGAAAGCCAGCAAAACCUACAGAGAGUGCAUUGUUUUCCUCAAUUGGUGGAACUAGGACUUCUGGAUUAGAUACAUCAAAGCCAAAUAAAUCUAAUGAAUCCCUGAUGUCUAAACAAUCAUCUAUUUCCACCUCUAAGGAUAUCACAGUAGUACCAGAAACACAACAGGAUGAUUUAGAUGAUUUUAUUGCUAAAAGUCCUACUUUUCAAAAAGUGACAACAGCAAAACAGACUCCACAAAGGAUUAAUAUGAAUCAGAAUAAUGACCCUGAGGGCUUUAAAACCCCGACUAGAGACGUAAGGGAUGUGGUUGAGGUCACUCCCUCUAAGGGUAUAAUUGAUACGGAUUUAAACAAUGCCAAAUCACCUGAUGGUAUGAUACCCCCUACCCCAGAUGCAAGACUUCCCGGAAUUCCUGAUACCCCAGAGUCUGAUACGAUUCCUGCCAAAAAACUUCCACCGAGUCGAAGCUUCCUGCCAUCUGUAUCAAUAAUGUCAUCAUUUUCAACCAAAAUGAACAAAAAUGUUACCUCAAAGAAAAAGUUGAUCUCAAAAGUCAAACCAGGUGUUAAAAGUCAGAGUUUUGAAGAUGCAAUGCAAAAGAAGGCUGAGUCAGAACAAGGGUCAUUAGAAACUGCAUCCAGUGAUUACAUCAGAGCUUUAACAAACUGCCUUGAUGUUAGGCCAUCAAAUCCGUCUGCUGGAAAAAACACUCAACAGAUGGCAGCACCACAUUCAAUAGCAAACUCUCCCCACAAGGGGGCAGCAGCAGUAUUAGGUUCAAAGCAUCGAAAGAGGACAUCGUCAAAAGGCGAGUCUCCAAACCCCAAAAGACCAGAUCGUAGAAAAUCUGACCUGAAAUCUCGUGCCGCAAAAUCAGAUACAAAAAUAAAAAGACGUCUCCAUGAAAAUACCACUGAUGUAACCAAUGAUCAAGAUGAAGUAUUGAAUGAUAUUCUUAAUGAAAUGAAAGAUGAUGACAAUGAAAAUCUACCAAAUAUAAAUGAACCCAAAUUCAAAACAACAAAACUAAAAGAGAUCAGAAAACCAAUGGAAUCCCCUGUGGCUAUAGAUUAUGUUACAGAUGAUCCAGUUGCCAUGGAAACAGAUCAAAGUCAAGAUCAAGAUAGUCAAGAUCUCUUAAAUGAUAUCUUAGAUGAGAUCAGACAAUUAACUCCGCAAUCACAAAAACAGAAACCACGUAUCAACCAGUACAAUCUUCCUAAAACUCCAACAACUAAUAAAUAUAUAAAACGAAAAAGUCAGGAAAAUAUUACAAAUAAUCUUAGGACUAGUCCGAAAGAAAGAAAACUUUCUCUGAGUGAAUCACCCGUUUCUACUGAAUGUGCCAAAAGUGAUGAUAAAAAGAACAGUGAAGUUGAUCAAAGUUCAAAACUGAACAGUGACAUUAACUUCAAAGAUGAUAGAAAAGAUAACGCCUUGUUAGAUGAACAACUAGGGCAUGCUGACCUUGAGGAUUCCUUGUUGAAUCAAUUAAAUCUUUCUGAUAUUGACUUUGAGGUGGAUUUAUCACCAGUUAAAAGGAAAAAAGUCGAGGAGCUUCCUCCUUGUUCAGAGUUUGGACGACACAAUGUCAUUAAAGUGGAGCAUUCAAAAAACCGAAGUCAGAUAUUCCUAUCUCUAGAGUCUGUACCCGAGAAAACACAAAGAACAUGCAUCCUCUCUGGUUUCUGGGCAGACACCUAUGUUAAAGAUGGCGAUGUUGUCCAUAUUCUCAGUAACCAUGACAACAUGGAUACAUACCACAUAGAUGACCUAUCAGGCUACAUCAUUGUGAAUCCUGAUAAACUGGUAUCGGGAACUACCGUGGUCUCUACUGUACACUGCAUGAGGAAGUCUAUUCUUAAUGAAAUAUUCAAGGGUGUUGACAGCCGCAAUAUUCACAUGUUGAAUGGAACAGUUCUCCAUGAGAUUUUUCAGAAGAGUGUGAUUGAGAAAAACUUAACUACUUCAAAAAUUCUGAAGAUCGGAGAGGACCUCCUCAAAGAAAAUAGCAUUCUGCAUGAUAUGUAUGCCUUGGGUGUGACUGAAACACAAAUGAUGGAAGAAGUUGUGAAAAGUGCACCUCAGAUCCUUGCCUGGAAGAAUAAACACAUGAUACAGGGCCAGGGUGGCUAUAGCCUGGGUCAGAACAUAAACGAUUCUACUUAUGUGACAAAUGUAACUGAUAUCGAGGAAAAUGUUUGGUCUCCAAGAUUUGGUAUCAAGGGGAAGAUUGAUCUUACAGUUGAAGUUAAGAUUCAUAGUAAAGAUGGCAGUAAGAGUACUAAAGUGAUGCCAUUAGAGUUAAAAACUGGCCGUCCUACAUACUCCAUAGAACACAAAGGACAGGUGACGCUUUAUUCUCUCAUGAGCAGUGACCGUAGAGAAGAUCCCCAUGGUGGACUACUGGUGUAUCUAAAAGAUGGCGCUAUGACGACUAUUCCAGCAAAACAUGAAAAUAAAAGAGGUCUUUUACAACUAAGGAAUGAGUUAUCUCACUAUUUAACCCACAAUAUAAAAAAGACAAAGAGGGAAGAUGACAAAAGUAUGUACAGAUUGGAACCACUAGCACCACCUAUUGACAAUGAAAGGAGCUGCACCAAGUGUCCACAUCUGGUGAAUUGUUCACUGUAUCAAAAAACAAUAGAAGAGAGGAAAGUGAGUAAAGGCCACAUCAUGGAGUCUCUUGUCCCUGAUGCCACCAAACAUCUCAAUGACGCAAGCCUUGAAUACUUCGCCCUCUGGUGUUUGAUGAUGUCGCUAGAAUCGCAGCAGGGAACUAACAAAAGAUCAGCGCCAUCUGAAAUAUGGUGUAAAACUGCAAAAGAGAGAGAGGCCAAGGGCGAAUGCAUGUCUAAUAUGGUACUCAGCAAGCAGCAUGUUACAAGCCCCCUCCCUGGUGGACAGUGCAUACAAGCUUUCAGAAAACAUUCCAAUGAUACAUCGAAACUUCCCCUAUCUAGGAUGCCCUUUGUACAAGGUGAUAGUAUUAUAAUAAGUUCUGAGAAGCCUCUACAGAUCUCUUUAUGUAUGGGCUAUGUGAGAUCAGUGUCUGAUACUGUUGUCAUGGUAACAGUUGACAGAGAUUUAUCGAAGAAACCAGAAAAUUUGAAAGCCACUUAUCGUAUUGACAAAUGUGAUUCCUACAACUCCAUGACAACCAAUUUUGUUAAUUUAUCACGUUUGAUGUCAGACAAUGAUGUCAGUGCAAGACUCAGAGAUGUCAUCAUAAACAAACGUAAACCUGAGUUUGAAGGAACAAUGUCAAAGACAUGCCUCGAAAAAGUGAAGCAUAUCUUCAAGAACCUGAACAAGCCACAAAAGACUGCUAUACUGAAGGUGCUACUCUGUAGGGAUUAUGUUCUCAUAAAGGGUUACCCAGGGACAGGGAAGACAUCCACCAUAGUCUCGCUGGUGAGAAUUCUAUCUCUACUUGGCCGUAGUGUCUUAUUAGCAAGUUAUACUCACUCUGCUGUGGACAAUAUACUUCUCAAACUAGUAAAGUGCAAAGUAGACUUCCUUAGGGUUGGCAGGGUGGGUCGUAUACAUCCUGAUAUUUUGCCAUAUGCAGCUGAGAAUCUAACACAACAGUUCACUAAUGUAGAAGACCUCAAGGAUUUUUAUUCGAGCAAGAACAUUGUUGCAACCACAUGUCUUGGAGCAACACAUCCCAUAUUUGGGCAACGGAAAUUUGAUGUGUGCAUAAUCGAUGAGGCAUCUCAGGUUCUGCAGCCUACGUGUUUUGGCCCAUUGUUCUGCAGCAAGAAGUUUGUGUUAGUGGGAGACCCACAGCAACUGCCUCCUGUGGUACAGAACAAGGCAUCUAGGGAACUUGGAAUGUCUGAGAGCCUCUUUUUAAGAUUAGACCCCACUGGCGCCACCUAUGAACUGAAUCUUCAGUACAGAAUGAACAGGUAA